AUGACUGGGAAGGCUCUACCCGUGUUUUUGCAAGGGCUGAUCAUCAUCUUGGUUGCAGUCCCGUCAUUUGAACAGGUCACGAGCAGCACCACGGUAUUCCCGACCACAGUUCAUCCAACGACAAAAAAGGGGGACUGGCAGACCACUCGAAAUCCAACAACAGAAGCAUGGGCGUGGAAGACCACACUUAACCCAAAGGCAGACCGUACGACUUCCCAUACCACUCGAAAUCCAACAACAGAAGCGUGGACGUGGAAGACCACACUUAACCCAAAGGCAGACCGUACGACUUCCCAUACCACAGGAAAUCCAACGACAGUAGCAUGGACGUGGAAGACCACACGUAAACCAAAGGCAGACAGCACGACUUCCCAUACAACACGUAAACCAAAGGCAGACCGUACGACUUCCUAUACCACAAGAAAUCCAACUACAGAAGCGUGGAUCUGGAAGUUACGUACCACAGAUGGGACGACAGUACCGGACGAUGAAUAG